AUGGAUUCCUCCUCGUCUUCCUCCGCGGCGGGUCUGGGCUCCGUGGAUCCGCAGUUGCAUUUUAUCGAGGUGGAGACACAGAAGCAGCGCUUUCAGCAGCUGGUGCACCAGAUGACUGAACUUUGUUGGGAGAAGUGCAUGGACAAGCCUGGGCCAAAGUUGGACAGUCGGGCUGAGGCCUGUUUUGUGAACUGCGUUGAGCACUUCAUUGAUACAAGCCAGUUCAUCUUGAAUCGACUGGAACAGACCCAGAAAUCCAAGCCAGUCUUCUCAGAAAGCCUUUCUGAUUGAUUUUGGCAUUACCUCGUUGGAAAAGGAAGGUAGUUAAAGAAAUGAAGAGCUGUUGAUGGGAUGGUUGAAGAAAAGGCUACAGGGAGAUUGGUUCCUACCUUUUAUCAUUCUUCGGACAUCCUGUCAUCUGAGCAUGAACAGAGACCAAUUAUUUUUGUGUGGGGUUAGAGGGUCAUAUAUGCAUUUGGUUGUGUUUUUUAAUGCUAAUCUUGUGAAAAAUAAUUGACAGAUGAAUGGAAAACUAUUAGGUGCAUAUUACU